AUGGAGAGCAGGUUAGAACCCUGGCCAAAUGCAGCAGUAACGGGAGCUCAUCGCAUGCGAGGACGCGCUAGCAAAAGCGGUCUCAUCAACCUUUUGAUCAAGGGCUUGAACAGGAGCCACCGAGACUUCGAGGCUCCUAUUGUCGGGGUGGGUCAGAACGAGCAGCGACCUACCUCGGGGGAUGUUCAUCUUCACAUAGACCCGACGAUCAUCCAGUCUGAUCAUCCCAAGCUCUACGCCGACUGUGAAGGGCUCAACGGAGGGAACAGCCCGCCUCAGAGCCUUGCCGCCGCUGCCAAAUAUAGCACCAAGAAGAUGCUGCAAAGGCUAGCAAAGAACGUUAGGCUCUAUUGGCGGGGAAGCGAAGACGCAGGACACCAGAUCAGUCCUUACUUCGGAUUCGCUUUUGAUCACUUUGCAUCGGAGAACGGGCUGAAGGCCCCGUUCGACUUUGUGAAGGCCUCUUUCUCCCUUCAACCUGUUUGCCGCGACUUCGGGGACAACAUCGUCUAUCUCGCAUCUGUCUUGAUCAAGAAAGAAUUAAAUUCGGACCUAGAUGCGGCAGCCAUUUUCAACCCCAUGAGUAGGGACCAGCCCAUGUGUCUUUCGUGCCUCAUGAACGUCCCCGAGUAUGUGCUGCCGUGCAAUCACAUCCUCUGCAAGGAUUGUGCUAUUUUUCAAGGAAAUCUGGUCGACUGGUCUGAUGAUCGACUUAUCAAGAGCCGCCAGUGCCCGUUGGACCCGUCGGAUGAAGGCGAGACCCAUAUUCGGCUUCAGAAGCCCGACAUGGGGGUCCGUGUUCUAUCUCUAAAUGGAGGAGGAAUAAGGGGAAUAGUCACGCUUGCCAUUCUCCGAGAGCUAGAACUGCGUCUAGGAGGGAUCCCCAUACACUCGUUCUUCGACCUUAUCGUUGGCACAAGUGUGGGAGGAAUCAUUGCGGCCGGCCUGGCGAAGAAGGGCUGGACUGCUACUGAGUGCGCCGAGAAGUUCAAAGAGCUCUGCGGCUCGGCGUUUGUCCCAACUUUCGUAGAAAAGUACGUGGGUCAAAGUCUUCCUUUCGACCGUCUCACCUUUCUCAUAGGCUACUUCUUACCUCGUUUCGACACUAAGGGUGUGGUGAACGCUCUGAUUGAGGCUUUUGGGCCUGGUUCCAACCUCUUUGGUGGCGGGCACGACCUUGCGACAGCAUUCCAGCCAAAGGUUGCUCGCGUGGCAACUGAAAGUGCUGGGAAAGCAGUCCUUGUAGCCGACUACAAUCGUGCAGGAUCCGAAAAUACCCACUGCGGGUUUAUACACCAAACGAAUCUUUCCGCCAGGUGGAAGAUCUGGGAGGCUGCUCGAGCAACAUCCGCUGCGCCAACUUGGUUUGAGAGAUACAGUCAUGCCUCAACUGGGAAGUCGUAUGUUGAUGGCGGCCUGAACCACAACAACCCCGUCUACGUCGCACGGCAAGAACACCAAUUACUCUGGCCGCAGUCUCCACUGGAUCUUCUCGUAUCCCUGGGAACCGGCUUAGUUGAAGAUAUAGAGGACACGACGCCUGCCGAGGAGCCUCCACCAAACCAAGGAGGCUGGAUCCGCUGGAAAAAGUGGUUAGGCUCGUUGGAGCUCAUCCAGACCGCCAUCAACCACAUCUCGAAUAGCCUCAACUCACAAAGGACUUGGGCUCAAUUCGAGAAAGACAACCAAUCUGAAAGGGAGCGGAUUAUCCGCCUGAACAAUAAGCUCAAUCCCCCCUUUGCUGAGUUGCACGACGUCCACAGGAUUCAAGGCCUCGAAGAAGAAACACGCCAAUACUGGCAGAAGGACAGGGAAUGCAAAGAAAUGCUCGACAGCUUGGCCAGAAGAUUGCUCGCCAGCUCGUUUUACUUUGUGGUCAACAGCACCGCGUCAUCGGAGCAUCAUUAUAGCGUCCAAGGAGAGAUUCGGUGCCGCUUCAGCAGGAGUGCCGAUACCAAAGAGAUCUCCAAGCUUGGGCAGUUAUUUGAGAGCAUUCAAGUUCAGGAUCCGUCCUACCCUUGCUUCGAGAUUUCGCAGGAGGGCUUCAUGUCCCAGAAGACAUUAGCGGUGACGGAGUCGGUCAUCAAGAGCAUGAUUGACUCCAACGAAUUCGUAUUCCCAGAGGGCCAGAGUGUUUCUAUUCAGCUUGGGGAUCGCAAUUCGAAGUGUGAGGUGGUGCUUUGCCUUGGACAGGAUGAGAGGUAUCACAUUAGCGGUUCCCCACGCACGAUGUCGAGGAUCUGUUGA